AUGUCUCAGGAAACUUUUGAAUUUCAAGCUGAGAUCACUCAGUUGAUGAGUUUGAUCAUCAACACUGUGUACUCCAACAAAGAAAUCUUUUUGAGAGAAUUGAUCUCGAAUGCUUCCGAUGCUUUGGACAAAAUUAGAUACCAUGCUUUGUCUGAACCCAAGCAGCUAGAAAGUGAGCCUGAGUUGUUCGUCAGAAUCACGCCUAGACCAGAAGAAAAGGUGCUAGAAAUCAGAGAUUCCGGUAUUGGUAUGACUAAAGCUGACUUGAUCAACAACUUGGGUACGAUCGCUAAGUCUGGUACCAAAGCCUUCAUGGAAGCCCUUUCCGCUGGUGCCGAUGUGUCGAUGAUCGGUCAAUUCGGUGUUGGUUUCUACUCGCUAUUUUUGGUUGCCGACAAAGUUCAAGUCAUUUCCAAGCACAACGACGACGAGCAAUACAUCUGGGAAUCCAAUGCUGGUGGCUCCUUUACCGUUACUCUAGACGAACAAAAUGAAAGACUCGGAAGAGGUUCCGUCUUGAGACUUUUCUUGAAGGAAGACCAACUUGAGUACUUGGAGGAAAAGAGAAUCAAGGAAGUUGUCAAGAGACACUCCGAGUUCGUUGCCUACCCAAUCCAAUUGUUGGUCACCAAGGAGGUUGAAAAGGACGUCCCUGUUGCCGAGGAAGAAAAGAAAGAAGAAGAGGCCGACGCCGACGACAAGAAGCCAAAGCUUGAAGAAGUCGAUGAAGAAGAAGACUCCGAAAAGAAGGAGGAGACUAAAAAGAUCAAGGAAAACGUCCAAGAGCUUGAAGAACUAAACAAAACCAAGCCUUUGUGGACUAGAAACCCAUCUGACGUUUCUCAGGAAGAGUACAAUGCUUUCUACAAGUCCAUCUCUAACGACUGGGAAGACCCAUUGGCCGUCAAGCACUUCUCUGUUGAAGGUCAACUAGAAUUCAGAGCAAUCUUGUUCGUCCCUAAGAGAGCUCCUUUCGACGUGUUCGAGUCUAAGAAGAAGAAGAACAACAUCAAGUUGUACGUGCGCCGUGUUUUCAUCACAGACGAAGCUGAAGAAUUGAUCCCAGAAUGGUUGAGCUUCGUUAAGGGUGUGGUCGACUCUGAGGACUUGCCAUUGAACUUGUCCAGAGAAAUGUUGCAACAAAACAAGAUCAUGAAGGUUAUCAGAAAGAACAUCGUUAAGAAAUUGAUCGAAACUUUCAACGAAAUUGCUGAAGACUCUGAACAAUUCGACAAGUUCUACUCCGCUUUCGCCAAGAACUUGAAGCUUGGUAUCCACGAAGACACCCAAAACAGAACCGCUUUGGCUAAGCUAUUGCGUUACAACUCUACCAAGUCUGUUGACGAACUAACCUCUCUAACCGACUACAUCACCAGAAUGCCAGAACACCAAAAGAACAUCUACUUCAUCACUGGUGAAUCCAUGAAGGCUGUUGAAAAGUCCCCAUUCUUGGAUGCUUUGAAGGCCAAGAACUUCGAAGUUUUGUUUUUGGUCGACCCAAUUGACGAAUACGCUUUCACUCAAUUGAAGGAAUUCGAAGGUAAGCAAUUGGUUGACAUUACCAAGGACUUCGAGUUGGAAGAAACCGAAGAAGAAAAGGCCCAAAGAGAAGAAGAAGCCAAGCAAUACGAACAGUUGGCCACCGCCCUAAAGGAAGUCUUGGGUGAACAGGUUGAAAAGGUUGUUGUUUCCCACAAGUUGAUCGAUGCCCCAGCAGCCAUUAGAACCGGUCAAUUCGGCUGGUCCGCUAACAUGGAAAGAAUUAUGAAGGCUCAAGCUUUGAGAGAUUCCUCCAUGUCUUCUUACAUGUCUUCCAAGAAGAUCUUCGAAAUUUCUCCAAAAUCGCCAAUCAUCAAGGAAUUGAAGAAGAGAGUCGAAGAAAAUGGUGCCCAGGACAAGACUGUCAAGGACUUGACCACCCUAUUGUACGAAACUGCCCUAUUGACCUCUGGUUUCACCUUGGAAGAGCCAGCUUCUUUUGCCACCAGAAUCAACAGGUUGAUUUCUUUGGGUUUGAAUAUCGAUGAGGAUGAAGAAGAGGAAGCUGCUCCAGAAGCCGCUACCGAGGCUCCAGUCGAAGAAGUCACCGCUGAAACUGAAAUGGAGGAAGUUGAUUAA